CACAAACAUGCUUGAAACUGACUGAUGGCUGCCUCGUGCCGAUCAUUAAAACUCGCAGCCAAGAAGGUGCGCUGGUGCACAGUCUCGGAUCCGGAGCAGAGGAAGUGCGCGGAGCUCGCCAAAGCUUUGGUGGCAGUGCUACCGCCAGCUGCCGUCGCGGCUUUCGCCAGACUCUCGUGCGUACGAGCGUCCAGCACGGCCGACUGCGUCAGUAAAAUCAAGGCUAAUCGAGCUGAUAUUGUGACCUUAGAUGCAGGAGAGGUUUACUCUGCAGUGAAGCAGUUUGACCUCGUUGCCGUUGCUCAGGAGCUUUACAGCGAUGGCGGCUGCAUCCUGGCCGUGGCUGUGGUGACAAACAGCAGCUUGGAUGUUCGGUCCCUGCGGGGCCGCAGGAGUUGUCACAGCGGGUUUCGGUGGACAGCUGGAUGGAGCCUCCCGCUCGGCUUCCUGCUGUCCAGAAACUACCUGAGCUGGUCUAAGGAGCAUCCUCUGAGCCAGGAUGUCGGCGCCUUUUUUGCUGCCAGCUGUGUUCCUGGAGCUGCUACCGUGGCGCCCGCUUUGUGCUCUCUGUGCCGAGGACAGAAAUCUUUCCUUCGACAAAAGAAUCAUCACUGUGAGACUUCACACAGCGAGCCUUUCCACAGCAACCAGGGGGCUCUGAGGUGUCUCAGGAGUGGAGCGGGUGACGUUGCAUUUGUGGACCAUUUAGCUAUUGAAGCUAUUGAUGGAAGAACGUGCGUUUUUGCCGAAGGAUCAGCUCAUCCAGAGACAGACGUCUUCCCCUCGGUCGUGGGUGUAGCGGUAGCGAAGCGCUCCAGCAGGAACGUGUUCCUGGGGAAUCUGAGAGGCCGGCGCUCGUGUCACGGCCACAUGUACAGCCCUGCAGGCUGGCUGCUGCCGUACAGACACUCCCUGAGCCUGGAGCACAACGUCAGCACCCCCUGUGAUCCAAACCAAGUGUACAAUGAAGUGUUUUGGAAAGGCUGUCUUCCUGGCUCUACGGGGAAUCUGUGCAAGGUGUGCAUGGGAGGAACGGGGGAGGCUGCAACCAAACGCUGCACGGACAACCACAAUGAGCGUUACUAUGGCAACAUGGGCGCCUUAAGAUGUCUGGUUGGAGAUCCAAGUGGGAAAAGCUACGGUGACGUGGCUUUCCUGGAGCAGCACAACCUCCACACCAACAUCCUCAGUUUGAAUUCCACCGGGUGGGCAGAGGGCUGGACGUCGUCUGAUUUUGAGCUGCUAUGCUCAGACGGGCGUCGUGCUGCCCUGUCAGAGUGGGAGAGUUGUAACCUGGGAKCCAUACCACCAAACACAGUCAUGACCCGGCCGGUGCUCGCUGCACGAGUGUACGACUUCCUCAUGAAAUCACAGGAAACGCUGGCAGCCAACCCAAACACAGAGUUCAAGCUCUUCGAGUCUCAUCAGUACGGAGAAAGUGAUCUGCUGUUUAAAGAUGCAUCACGGUGUUUUGUUCACACGAGCCACAUGGACUACCACUCCAUCCUGGGAGAGCAGUUUCACGCUCAUCUGGAAACCGUCUUCAACUGCACAUUCUCUGAUAUCUUGGAGUUUUGUAACAAAGACGUGUGCAGUAUAUUCUAAAGAGGACGGAAAAUACUCAAGUUCCCUCAGCGCUUCUCGGAUCAGUUAGCUCAUCAUCCACACGUACGUUUCUAUGGCUGAAGACUAACGACCUUCACUGUUAUGAAAAUCCAAACUGAAUGAAGCCGUGUUUUCUGUUUUCAUCCAACAUGUAUAACCUUUGUGUCCUGCAAAAGUACAAAAUAAUAUAAAGUAAAUAAUUAAAAACUUUAAAAGAAUGAAA